UCCCGACAUGGAACGUUCGAAAGUUAUCGCAUUGCUAUUGGUGGCGAUGCAUUGGACGUGCAGGAUCGAAUCGUCGCGUGUCGGACGUCACACUACAAUUGAAAGACAUUCCGACGUGGAUCACGAUUUGCAGACUCGCCUGGGUAGCGUCAAUAGCUUGGAGGCAUUGAUACUAGAAACCAUUCGAGUUGGUGGCGUCGAAAUUUGUUCGUCUCCUUUUGCUCAAAGUGUCAUGCUGGGAACCUGGCGACAAGUCACACCGGAUCGCGAUGAAUUAAGAGACAACAAAGAACUUCGAAAGACCUGCUACAAUGCAUUGCUGAAGGAAAACCCCGCCAGCGCUGAAUCCAUGCCAAAUCCCGAAGAAGAAUUAUCCAGCGAUAGUCCGAAAAACCAUGAUCAAGAAUUGACAUUCACGCUGCUCAAGCCACCAACCACCCAUGUUGCGGUCCCGCUGUCCCGGAUGUCGCGACUGGGACCACAACCGAAAUCUGCGCCGGCACCUAAAAGGGAACCAGCAGCCAAUCCAGAAGUCUUACAAAAGGCCAAUGAAAUUAUCAAGGAUCGUUCGGCUGAUUGUAAACCGCGCAAGAUUCCUGUUGAGAUACCCAAAGAACCCAAUGUAAGUUGGCUGCCUACCUGCGCGUUGGUGGAACGUUGUGGCGGCUGUUGCAAACACGAGAGGCUUCACUGCGUCCCCGUUCCCGAAGACAUCACUAUGAUGAAGAAGAAGGUUAUUGCUGUUAAUAACAAAGGGGUUUACGUAAAUGUCACACACGUUAAUAUCGAAAAACACAAUAAGUGCAAGUGCCAGUGUAAGGUGAAAGCAUCGGACUGCAACGCACUGCAGCACUACGAUAAGGAUAACUGUCGGUGUGUUUGCAAACAGACCGCCGGAUCCAAACCUGGAAGUAAACCCAAACAGCCAACAUGCAAAUCCCCUCUCUAUUGGGAUGAGCGGAGCUGUAAAUGCCGUUGUCCACAAACUGAGGUUGAAUGUUCGACAGGUUCCUUUUACUCUUCGGAACAGUGCCGGUGCGUUACGGCCAGUGAGAUAGUUGAAAUUGAAGACGAAAAAAAAAAGCGAAUGUGAAAAAUUAUGAAAA